UAUAGGGAUGGCUAGGAUUAGUCUAGUUUGGUGUGGACGUGUUUAAGUAAGUUGGAAAAUUUAACUUAUGGUGACAAAAAAGUCUCCUAAUUAGAAAUGGUGACAAGUUUGACCAGCCAAGGUCAAACUUGUCUUAAAAAUGUGAUUAACUUAAGUUGGGACUGCAUCAUAAUUUUUAAAACUUAUAAUCUUUUACAAAAUACACAAAAGCCCACACACAUUAUACAAAAACUUCUUUCAACCCAUCCCACGACCCCAACUACUCCAUUCUAUUUCAAAAAAAAAAAAAAGGCAAUUCCUCAGGCGGCAAAGCAAAAAAAACCGGCGACCACCCCCACCAUUGCUGCUGCUGCUCGUUCCUCUUCAAAAUCACUGCUCUUCCUUAUCGUUGCUGCUACUCAUUUCUCUCUCUCUCCAUUGCUGCUGCUUCUCUAUUCAUUCUCAGAUAAAAUGACUCCAGUUAAAAGAAAAGGAGAGAAACCAACUGAGGGAGAAAGUAGUAAAAGAGCCAAGGUGCAAACACCAUUAGAUAAACUUGUGACUGCUAUUUGUCAAUUAACAAAUCUAGAGGAAAGAGUUAGUGAAACUGGGGCUUCAGAAAGAGAGGAAACCCACGAAACCUUUGUUGGGCAUGAAGAAGAAAGUGACAAAAAUGAACAAAGUAAAGAGCAACAUGAAGAUAAAGAAGAUGAAGGAGAUGAUGAAGUAGACAAAGAUGAAGAAACUAGAGAAGAAAGAGAUGAAGAAGAAGGAGAUGAAGGGGAUGAAGGAGGUGAAGAAGAUGCAGAAACUGAAAAGGAUCCCAAUAGACCUUCCAUUGACGAGGUCGUCAAGAGUUUCAGUAUUGAAAAGUACAGCGUGACGAUGCCACUGAAUGGAAAUAAUGAUUUGUCCGGUGAUUUUGUGGUCAGAUCAAGCAUGGGCAAGAGUUUUGACACCUUCAGGGGAAUUCUUCGGCAGCAGGGGUUGGAGAAUUUCUUUAGGGCUAGUUUCUUUGAGCUCUAUUUAUAUUUUGCCUAA